AUGCGGGAAUUUGAGCGGAAGCGCUUAGAAGAAAAGAUCCGCAAAGUUGCUAGCAUUCCGCCUGCACCCUUGAAAAUACAACCAUUGCCAGUCCCAGAGGAGGAGGUUAAGUCUAACACAGUAUCUACAUCCGGGCUAUAUCCUAACGAAGACAAACCAAUGGCCGUAGAGGAUUGUUCUACUAAUGAGGCUAACCAUCAACCGUUGAUAAAAUCAGAGACUUGUUCAAUAACACAUUCAUCUCCUGAUGACGCUGUUACUUCAGCGGAGUCUGUAUCUGUAAAUACAGUAAAAACGGAGAGCAAUGACGUUAAGAAAGACGAUAAUGCUUGCGAACUUCCCUCAUCAUCUGUUGAAGUUCCUCCAGUUCCAGUUUAUGAGGAAAUAGAACAAUGUAUCUAUAAGGUUGAAAGCAAAAAGAAGGCAGUUUCUCUUAUGUAAGC